AUGUCCUGCGGCAAUUGUAACAAAUUAAUUCGAUCUAUUUACAGCCGUUAACUUAUAUACCUUAUAAACAUGCGUCGUAUCACGUGAUUCGGAAUCUCCCCCGUGUAAUCUGGACCAAGCGGAUUCGCGUAUCUAUAUACCUCUGUGCAUAUUAGUAAUCCUGACGAACCAUUUGAACGAUCAGUUUGAGAGCAACCGUCGGGGAGUCAAGUAAAUCUUUGUUCCAACCGGAGGACAUCCUGCGUCGGCUCUCCUGGCUCGCGAAUGUUGUAGAUUCGCGACGAAGACCUUUUCGCGGGAGCAUCUUGAUCCUGAGGAACGAUCGUUGUCAUUGGGGAUUAAACGAGAUCAAAAUUUUUCAUUAUGUUUGCCGUCUUCCUGUUAUUAAUACCACUCUUCUGCGGAGAUGCAAGUGAGGCCAGCGUGCUCGUGGCGGACAACACCAUGUCCAGAAUGGUGGAAUUGAAUGCAGAUGCGCCAUUUUGUGCCUUAUAUACGGAUCGUGGUGUCAUACAGAAGAUGGUUCUAGGCGCUGAUUCGAAGAAGGUUCUGCAAGUGUCCAGCAAACUCGUCAACGACCUCGAGAGGACAUGCAACGCGUCUCGUGACAAGGGAAAGAAUCAGCCACCGGGAGGCGGAUUGAUAUAUCCAGGAACGAAAUGGUGCGGACCGGGUACUUUAGCCAAAUCCUACGACGAGCUGGGCCAGCACGCAGCGGAGGAUGCUUGCUGCAGAGAACACGACCAUUGCCCCAUCACGAUAUCGCCUCAGGAAUGCAUCCACGCUUUAUGCAACAAUUCGCCGUUCACGCGAUCUCAUUGUGACUGCGACGCCAAGUUUCGGCGAUGUCUGCAGAAUCUGAAUACCGAAGUCGCGAACACCCUGGGUGCCCUGUUCUUCAAUGUGAUACAAGUGACUUGCUUCGAAGAGAGACGCCCUUGUUCCGAAUGGCAAAGGUAUGGCUACGAGGAAUCCGUGUUGAACUGGCUGUGCUCCCAGUACAAAUUCAGGCCCAGUGACAAAUAUGUUCCGUUAAUGCCGUUGAAUAUUAACUAGCUACUGCGAAAACGCAAGAAGAGCGGACCAGAUAGUUUAUGAAACAGUUGCCAGUUAAUAGAGUUCCAAUGAGCUAGAUAAUUGCACGCGACUUUAUCAACCGUCUUCCCUUUCGUCACUUGACAAUUUAUUCUUCCUACUCGCCCCAUGAAUUUCUUCCCUUUUCACGAAUGUGGACUUGAGAAAUUUUUUAAUUCCAGAAUGUAAAGCUUGAGCGAAGGAUACUCUGCACGUUCCACGUAACGUAAGGUUACAAGGAGCCUUGAUCUCUUCCUUUUUAGUUAAAUUUUGCAAGAUGCAGUCGAGUUUGGUUAUAAAAUUAACUUUUUGAAUUUCUUAAACGUUAACUGUCAUACAAAAAAGUAGUUUCUUAUCCCUUAUCUCGCGGGGUAUCUUCCAAGUGAAAGCGAAGCUCGUUUCUCGAGAAUUUUUAACCAAGCCGCGUGCAAUUAAAUAUAAUAACGUUACCGUUGUUGCUCAAUAUUACUCUUUAACGCUUAGGCGAUUUUAAAGUUUAGUGAUGUAGGUGUGUAAUCUUCUGAUAUUUUGUCGAUCGCAUUGAUUUUGCUAUAAGAAGCCGUAUACAGGAAGGCAAUCUUUUUCCCUUCGUUGAACAAAAAUGAACCAAAGAUUAUGGCGGAAGACGAUGCGAAAAGGUUGCAACUGUACGAAUUGCGACGAAAGAAGGUUUUACUGAUAUUACUAAAACGAGGUUCGCGUUUCUUGCAUAUCAUUGACACAGACAUUCUAGCUAUUUCGUUGUUGCAAAAGUAGCAGUGAUCGAGCAUUGAACGUUUCGUAUAUCGAAUUUAAAUUUAUAAUGAAACGAUGCUAUCGUUGCAACAAAUUAAUAGCUUGACAAGGUACCAACGAAUUACAACAGGUUUACGACUUUCUAUUUACUUUGAUAGCCGAGAUAUGUAAAUUACACUAUCCGCAUUUUAACGUCGUUCAUAGGUUUUAAAUUAGAUUAGCUCACGAACGUUGUAGUUCUCUUUCGAACGCACUGCUCAAAGUAUAAUGCGAGACGUACGGUGUCUCGUGUACCAAGAAUAUUUCAAGUUCAACUUACAUAAACAUACAAUGCAACGCUGAGUUCAAAAACCUAUUAUGCAAAAUUAUUCGAGUUCAUCGUAAACGUGCGAUGACGCAACACCUGACGCAGAUCUAAUCGAGACCGAGCUAAAUUAAUUCAACUUUCCAGUUCGUAUUUCAAAAUCGUUUCCACGUGUUUAGGUUGAUGAACUUGUCCUGAAGUUGUCCUUGAAAUAGUGGCGAUUCAACGAGAUACUAUUGUUUAAGGUUAAUAUCGUAGUCCUUAUUUUAAUUCAAAGUCUAUCGCCAUUUAUUUUGAGCAUGAAAACUGUGAGAACGAAUACAACGACUCUGCACAAUAUUUACCGUGAUUGAUAUUACAUAUUCCGAAAUAAGCUUAAUACAAUUUUAUCGUAGUAAUAGAUAUGUACAUAUGGCCCGUCCGUUGUUUCUGGUUUGCGAGUCAAAACGAUGUGACCAGAAAAGAACCAAAAGUUGAGGGCGCAAUUAUCCACAAUUUUAAACGCGAAGGUCAGCCGGGAAAGAGUGCAACGAUAUUAAAAAUACCUCAGUGAACAUCUUCGAUUUAACGAUACAGGAAAAUCUUGAAAAUUUUUGGCAUAUCAGAACAGCGCGUUAGUUCCAAAAACAGUUAUAUCUAUAAGAACCUUCUUCCCAUAGUCUUAUGCACUAUUAUCUUUAGAAACAUAGAUCAUACAUUGUUUAUGAUAUAUAUAAGUUUUGUUUUGGAACUAAGAUUGUAAACAUUAAUUGCAUAUCGAUACAAAUUUUCAAGAUUACACUGUGUCUAGAAGUAUGAAACAUAUGUAUAUUUAUAUGUACAAUGUUCUUGUCAUUAAGUAUAUUAUAAACUUCUAUAUUUUUAAUGCUUGCAUGAGAUAAUACCGCUUGUAUAUUUGAAAUUCGCGUAGAAUCUUAAAGACCGUGUUUAUAUUAUGAAGUCACGAUGUUCAAUAUCGAAGAAGCUAUUAAUUUUGCACAAUUUUCAAAAUAUAUAUCUGGAACAGCUUGUACUCUACAGUAUAUAGAGACUGUCAAAGAAUUUACAUUCUUAAAUAUAAUAGAAAUACUGUUUAAUAUUUUAUAAUCACAGAUGGACCAUGAAAUGCUUAGACAUCUAGCGGUAGUAAAUUAAACUUUACCUGAACUAAACUCUAAAUAAUUCUUUUACAAUUUUCGAAUGUUACGUUGCAUUAGGGUUCGACAAAUGUUUUGUAUUAAUAAUAUGCAUCAAAUAAAGUUAAUUAGUGCUGAGAAAA